GUGAGUCUCCCACCAUAGUGUAGGAUAUCCUCACACCAAGUGCAUCACCGAAAGACAAACAAGUGGAGCCAUGAGUUCAGAUCCGGAGAUGGAGUGUUUUGGCCCGGCGGCCGUGUACCUUCGGAAACCAGAAAGGGAGAGAAUUGAGGCUCAAAACACUCCUUUUGAUGCCAAAACAGCUUACUUUGUAACAGAGCAAGCUGAGAUGUACCUGAAGGGUAAACUAGUGAAGAAGGAGGGAGGCAAAGCUACUGUUGAAGUUCAGGGUGGAAAGACUCUAACCGUGAAGGAAGAUGAAAUCUUCCCCAUGAACCCACCGAAGUUUGAUAAAAUUGAGGACAUGGCCAUGAUGACCCACCUCAGUGAGCCUGCUGUGCUGUAUAACCUCAAAGAGCGAUAUGCAGCAUGGAUGAUCUACGUAAGU